CAUCCAUUCAACGAGCAUGCAAACACAACUGUCGAGAGGGAAAGUAGUAGUCUGAUAUCUCUCGCUCCUCUCCUUUCCCUUACCAGGGCUGUAUAAGAUAUUAUCAAUAAACACCCGCGCUUUUCCAGCCCCAUCAUAUAGACAGUCGGCAGCUCCCCGGUACCUACACUCCCCCGCAAUGGAGCGGAUACGAGUGAGCAAGGUAGAAGAUGUCUACCUCAUGCGUAGAGGAACGCGUUUCGAAGGCACACUCCACCUCAUGCCCCACCACAUCGUCUUCAGCUACCUACCCAGCGCUCCGCCCGACGCUCCGCCCGACGCGAAACCAGCCCGACAGAAAGAAGUAUGGAUAACGUAUCCUCUGAUCUCUUACUGCUGUCUCAAGCCGAGUCCACCGGUAUUGCGCCAACAACAGCCCUCGAUUCGCAUACGAUGUCGCGACUUCACCUUCUUCGCCUUCUUCUUUCCUGACGAGAAGAAGGCGCGUGAUGUGUAUGACAGUAUCCGUGCACUCUCGUGCAAGAUAGGGCGACUAGAUAAGCUGCUCGCCUUUAGCUACCAACCAAAGCCUCCUGAAGACCAGUGCAAUGGGUGGGAUGUAUACGAUGCACGUCGUGAGUGGAAACGGUUAGGCAUCAGUCCCAAGGACACAGACAAGGGCUGGCGGAUAUCAGAGAUCAACGUCGAAUACAAGUACUCGAAGACAUACCCCGCCCUGCUCGUCGUCCCCUCGAAUGUCUCAGAUAGCGUCCUCAGGUACGCUGGCGAGUACCGUUCGCGCCAACGAAUACCAGCGCUUGUCUACCGCCAUCCCUUGAAUAACUGCUCCAUAACGCGAAGUUCGCAGCCAACACCAGGUCUCAGUGGCAAAAGGAACGCCCAAGAUGAGAGACUCGUUGCAGCUAUCUUUGCUACCAAUCGUGGGUGGAGAAAUGCACAAUCGCUCGGCCCAAACCCUACGGAUCCAACUCCUGACUCGAGCGUAGCAAACCUUGAGGAAGCCAGUGCUAAUGGAUCUUUUGUAGGCGCAGUGGAUACCGAGGCCGCUAAUUCUGGACGAACUAUUGUGGAAGAUCUCGCCGAAUCUUUUGAGACUGACACUGAGAUCCCCAAGGUGUAUGGAGCUCAACAGCGCAACCUGAUUGUGGAUGCCAGACCGACUGUCAAUGCAUAUGCAAUGCAGGCAGUUGGACUGGGCUCUGAGAAGAUGGACUACUACCCCGGCGCGGAGAAAGCCUACCUAGGAAUUGACAACAUUCACGUAAUGCGGAAGUCUCUUGACACCAUAAUCGAAGCGUUGAAGGAGUCUGAUCUGACAUCCUUUCCGCCCAACAAGCAGCUCUUGGCAAAGAGCAACUGGAUCAAGCAUAUAGCCAACAUCUUGGAUGGCGUUGGGUUGAUAGCUCGGACAGUGGGCAUCAUGCAUUCGCACGUACUGAUUCAUUGCUCAGAUGGUUGGGAUCGGACGAGUCAACUCAGCGCACUCAGUCAAAUCCUACUUGAUCCUUACUACCGUACUCUGGAAGGCUUCAUAGUCCUCGUCGAGAAGGACUGGUUAUCGUUUGGUCAUAUGUUCCGCCAUCGGUCUGGGUUCUUGAGUCACGAGAAGUGGUUCACCAUCGAGAACGAGCGGAUAGAACGCAAAAACGACGGUCAGGGUGGUGGGAAUCCCUUCGAGAAUGCGCUUCGUGGCGCUCGGGGGCUCUUUAAUCGCCAGAACGAAUCUAACGAAUCUCUCAAUCAAAUACCGGGAGAGAAUGGCACGGAAAAUGUUUCAGAUGUCGCUGACACGUCUACUCCUAAACCUGCAUCCAAGAUUGGUGCAGCAGAGGAACACAGGAUUACAAAGGUCAAUGAGCUAUCACCUGUCUUCCACCAAUUCCUCGACUGCGUAUAUCAACUCCACUACCAGCACCCAACCCGCUUCGAAUUCAGCGAGCGUUUCUUGAGACGGCUUCUGUAUCAUCUCUACUCCUGCCAAUACGGCACAUUCCUAUUUGACAACGAGAAAGAGCGCAUAGACACUAGGGCCAAGGAGCGCACAAGAAGCGUGUGGGACUACUUUCUCUGUCGAAAGCAGGAGUUUAUGAACCCGAGAUACGAGCCAGAGAUUGACGACACGGUCAGAGGCAAGGAACGCAUGAUUUUCCCACAUAAGGGCGAGGCAAGGUGGUGGCACGAAUGCUUUGGAAGGACUGAUGAUGAGAUGAACGGACCGGGUCCCCAGACACCACAUAACCUCACACCGCAAACGAGUCAUACUUCGAAUGGGAAGAGUGGGUCGACUACACCCGUCCCGUAUGAACCGAUCGUUACGGGUACGGAGACGGCGGAGGAUGCAACGGGUGCGGGGACAACGACACACUUACCACCUACACAUGCCGUAGGAGAGCCUGCUGAACAAGUGAGUACAGCGCCAACGCCAUUCGAUGCCGCAGCGGCACUAGGCCAAGACCUGCGACAAGGGUUUGUCGCGGGGAUUGAAAAACUCGGGAUUGGGAAGGGAGCAAGUCCAGCUGCGGGAGGUAGUGGGUUGGGUAUCGAUGUGGGGAGGGCGAGUGCGGAUCUUAGUAGCAAGGACGAGCAGGACCGUAGUAGAAGUAGCAGUGUCGAUGUCAAGAAGGAAAUGGAGGUAGAGAUGCAGUAGAUGGGGAUCGAUGGCCGAGACAGAGGGGAGGUCACACGAUAUCAUGAUUAUGAAUACAUGGAUGAUACCCUUGGGGUUGGUGGAUCACUGCGUUAGGAGUCAUGUGCGUUUGCUAUACUAUAUUACUUUCUGAGUGGAGUGUUCUCAGCAAUGUACUACUUGUUUACUG